CAUGGCUCGUGUGCCGCUGCCGGCGCUGCACCCCGCGGGGCUUUGCGCGGCCUCGCUGGGCUCCCUGGGGCUGCUGCGGCUCUUGGGGGCCCCGUGGCCCUGGAGCGUGGCGGCCUCGCUGGGGCUGUGCCUGGGCGGAGGAGGGUGGCGGCUGCUGCGGCUCAUCGUGCGGACCGCGCCCCGCGACCUCUUCGGGCUGUGGGUGCUGCUGCGGGUGCGGUUCCACCUGCGGCGCCACCAGCGCUCCCGCUCCACCGUCCCGGGGCUCUUCGCGGCCGUGGCGCGGCGCCUGCCGGACAAGGCCGCGCUCAUCUACGAGGCCACCGGCGAGCUCUGGACCUUCCGCCGCCUCGACGAGGUGUCCAACGCCGUGGGCCACGUGUUCCGGCGCCGGGGCUUCGGCUGCGGGGACGUGGUGGCCCUGCUGAUGGAGUCGCGGCCCGAGUUCGUGGCGCUCUGGCUGGGCCUGGCCAAGGCGGGCGCCGAGGCCGCGCUCCUCAACUCCAACCUGCGGCGGGAGUCGCUGGCCUACUGCGUGGCCGCCUCCGGAGCCAGGGCCAUCGUCUUCGGGGGGGAGCUGGCCGCAGCCGUGGCCGAGGUGGACGGGAUGCUGGGCAAGAACAUGGAGAAGUUUUGCUCCGGGGAAUUCCACCCGGACCUGGUGCCCAGGGACACCAAACACCUGGACCCCCUCCUGAAUUCCGCCCCCACGACCCCCUGACCCCCACCCCGGAGAAAGGCCUGGAUGGUGAGUCACUCCCCCUUGGAAAUUCCCGGGAAUGGGGGCAGGGAGUUGGUGGCACAAAAAGGAGGGAUUGGAGGGAUGGGAUCAACCCCUCCCAGCUCUGAAAUCAUGGAAUCCUGGAAUGGUUUGGGUGGGAAGGGACCUUAAAGCUCAUCCCAUCAAUCCCAUCCCAUCCCAUCCCAUCCCAUCCCAUCCCAUCCCAUCCCAUCCCAUCCCAUCCCAUCCCAUCCCAUCCCAUCA